GCUGGCAACCUGCUGUGGCAAUCGGAAAUACAACCCUCAGGGAGAAACAUAUGUACACAACACCUAUCUGAAAAGUAUUAAUACAACAUUUUUGGAAAGUUGUUUUGGUUGGCGUUGAAUUAACCGACAGCAACAGCAGCUGAGGAUAUAGCGAAGCACCUAAAUCGGCCGAGAUGGGGAGCAUCGAAAAGGCGUGUAUAUCCGGAUUUCUGUGCCGACUGUGUUCCGAGAUGCACCGAACAGUAAUUCAUAUUUAUAGUGAUCAUGGCCAGCGUUUGUGUCUUGUUGAGAAAAUCAACGGCUACUUACCAAUAACAAUUUCUCCGACUGAUCCCUUGCCAAAAACCAUAUGCAAAACGUGUCUUCAUCGCGUGGAACAGCAUUAUUCGCUGCUAAUGCGACUGACAAGAAUGCGUGAGGAGCGGAAAUUUAAGUUAAUAGAGUGCAAACCUCAGAAAUCCUCGAUAUCCAGUGUGGAGUCGGACGAGGAAGUGAGAAAUCAACCCUCGAUUCACGAAUUCUCGGAUGAGGAGGAGCAAGCGGGUCGCCGCAACGAGUCGGGUAAUACCGAGACCGAAUCAUCAACUGGCCCACAGACCCAGGAAUCCCAAUCCCCCAAGUCAACAGAGACUGUAGUGCCCACACCAAACAGCAGCGAAAGCCACGAUGAUAGUGGUGCUGGCCCCAGCAAUAGAGACCCAAAAGAGACUGGCACCACGGGCAGAGGCACGGGCAGCACCACCCAGGAAGGAGCCCACGUAGAUUAAUGACUGCCUAACCUCGUCUCUGGUCGGUGAACUAUAUAUACCAGUACUUGACUAUGUAUAUAUAGACACAGUUGUGUGUACGUACGUUUAGAUUGGAAUAAAAUAAGCAUUUUAUUUAAUUAA